AUGGAUCGUCUGCCACCCUCGAGCUACCCGCAAUCCCAUCCAUUGGUACCAUAUCUACAGGCUCCCGAGUAUGACGAUCAAGGGUUUGAGGGAUUCCCUUUGCGGCAAGGCUACGAUACUGAUAAAAUUCUGCUUGGUGACUACUCAGGUCACUCUCUUCAUGAAAUCGAGGCAUUUUCGCAAAGUUGGUUGUUUUUUGGCCUGCUGAGCCAAGUUCUUGACUGCACAAUCACACAGACCGACUUUAUCAUGGAAAAUGAAAAGCACGGUCAAGUAUUGACUACCCGCUUAUUCCCCCUCCUGCGAGACGCACGACGCGACAGAGAAGAGACAUGGCUAUUCGAUAAAAAGCAAACUUGGUAUAAUUCGUGCUUUGCAGCGGUGAAGAAAGCAAGAAGCUAUAUUAGUCAACUGGCCACAACUGCCUACCGCCAGGGCACUUCCAUGGUCUUCGCCCUGAAGUCGAACUCUCCUUAUCCAUCAUGCACCUUGACAUACGAGACAGCUCAUAUGAUGAGCUCAGGGAUCCCAGUUAGACCGAUCCUAGCUGAAGGAGAUAUAAUGGCAAAUUACGUGCUUGUGGAUAAGAUGCUCUCGGAUGGUUGGUGUGAAAGCCACGCGCACAUGCUGGCAUCUCAAAUGGACGCCGCGGCCAUGUACUACAUCGGAACACUGGGCCCACCCAUGGUCAAAAAGGAUCACAUCCGAUGUUCUAAUGAGAAGUGCGAAGCCGACCAGGUUAUAGAGAGCGAGUAUGUCACCAGCCACAGAACAAAGGAUUGCAACUGUGAGCAUAUAGGGCCCGAUAUGGGUAAAGUCACUGAAUGUCUGGGAAACGAAAGAUUUCCUUACAUCGAACUUACCGUUCAAAGGAAUCAACUAUCUGGAACUCCCAAAACUGGAAAUUCUUCGACAAUAAGGAUGAAGGUGGUUCCUUUUGAAGUCGGGAAGCAUUAUAUUGCACUGUCACAUGUCUGGUCGGGAGGACUUGGUAAUCCGCACGGCAACACACUGCCCAAGUGCCAGCUUAUCUGGAUUCAUGAGAAAAUUGCAGCCUUACCUCAUGAUUUGGAAAGAAAUGAUGAUACAGUUUCUUUCUGGAUGGACACGCUGUGUGUACCACUACAACCUGAGUCAGCAAGACGUGGGGCUAUUCGUUUCAUGCAUCGAACCUAUGCUAAAGCAACCGCGGUCCUGGUGUUGGAUCAGGAGCUCCUCCUGUCUACUAUGCAAUGGGUUAAUGAGGAGCAGUUGAUGAAAGUCGCUGGUUCUAGUUGGCUCAGACGCUUGUGGACCUAUCAAGAAGGAACCUUAGCUCCAUCUAUCUUUUUCCAAUUCAUGGAACGCGCUGUCUCAAUCGAAGACCUUUGGAACCCUAUUUACUAG